GCGAAGCUGCGAAGCAACUGUUUUGUUCUGUGACGCACACAAUAAUUGUUUACUCCGUAUGUAAGCGAAAUUAUCGUCUUAGAAUCUUCUUAGACCGUUUUGCAAUUUUAAAUUGCACGUAUAUUCAUUUGUUAUCAGGAAAUAACCUAAACAAAGCGUCGUCACUCGCUAAAGCUCGGUUUACUUACAGAUAUUGCCGAAAAGCUACUGUAGUUGACUCUUUUCGCCAACAUGAGAGGGGGUUCCUCCUACGGAGACAGAGACCAUGGACGAGACAGGCCACGGUUUGGGGCCACGAGCGGUCGCGGUGGACCUCCACCAAUGAAAUUUGGAAAUCCAGGUGAGCGUCUCCGCAAGAAGAAGUGGAACAUGGAUGAUCUGCCAAAAUUUGAGAAAAACUUCUAUACUGAACACCCUGAGGUCCAACACCUCAGUCAGUUUGAAAUGGAAGAGUUUCGCAGGAACAAGGAGAUUACCGUCAGAGGCUCUGGAUGCCCAAAGGCGAUACCCGCUUUUCACCAGGCGCAGUUUCCUCAGUAUGUGAUGGAUGUGCUGAUGCAGCAGCACUUCAAAGAGCCCACAGCGAUCCAGGCUCAGGGCUUCCCUGUGGCCCUCAGUGGCAGGGACAUGGUGGGCAUCGCUCAGACUGGCUCCGGAAAGACUCUGGCUUAUCUUCUUCCUGCUAUUGUCCACAUCAACCACCAGCCUUACCUGGAGAGAGGAGAUGGCCCAAUUUGUCUUGUCCUUGCUCCAACCAGAGAGCUGGCUCAGCAGGUUCAGCAGGUCGCACUUGAAUACGGCAAGUCGUCCCGUAUCAAAAGCACCUGUGUCUAUGGUGGAGCACCCAAAGGACCACAGAUUCGAGACCUCGAGAGGGGUGUUGAGAUCAUUAUCGCCACACCAGGUCGCCUCAUUGACUUCUUGGAGAGCGGGAAAACUAACCUGACGCGCUGCACCUACCUCGUGCUGGAUGAAGCCGACCGCAUGCUGGACAUGGGCUUCGAGCCACAGAUUCGCAAGAUAGUUGAACAAAUCAGGCCUAACAGACAGACUCUGAUGUGGAGUGCAACCUGGCCGAAGGACGUCCGGCAGCUUGCCGAGGACUUCCUGAGGGAAUAUGUCCAAAUAAAUAUUGGCGCACUGGAGCUCAGUGCCAACCACAACAUCCUGCAGAUUGUCGAUGUCUGCAUGGAGACUGAAAAGGACCAGAAACUUCUUCAGCUGAUGGAGGAGAUAAUGGCUGAAAAAGAAAACAAAACCAUCAUCUUUGUGGAGACUAAGAAGCGCUGUGAUGAACUCACCAGAAGGAUGAGGCGGGAUGGGUGGCCAGCAAUGUGUAUCCAUGGAGACAAGAGCCAGCCAGAAAGAGACUGGGUACUUGCAGAAUUUCGCAGUGGUAAAGCUCCUGUACUGCUUGCUACCGACGUGGCGUCUCGUGGUCUGGAUGUGGAAGAUAUCAAGUUCGUCAUCAACUAUGACUACCCCAACUCCUCGGAGGAUUACGUCCACCGUAUUGGACGUACGGCCCGCAGCACCAACACGGGUACAGCUUACACCUUCUUCACCCCGGGGAACUGUCGACAGGCCCGGGACCUGGUCCGGGUUCUGACUGAGGCCCGGCAGGCCGUCAACCCCAAACUGCUCCAGCUGGUGGAUUCAGGGCGUGGUGGAAACGGCGGCAGAAUGCGUUACCGUGGCAGCAGCUCCUACAACUCCAACAGCAUGUACCAGGGGGGUUAUGAUCGCAGGACGUAUGGCGGUGGUGGAGGUGGCGCCAGCAAAGAUGGCGCCAAUGGCUUCAGCAGUGGCGGUCGCACCAACCAUGAUGCAAACCACUCCUCUUCCUCCUCCUCUUCCUCCUACAGGGACAGAAGCCAGGGGCACAGGAGUAGCUACAACUCUGGUGGCUCCGAUCAGUUCCAGAGCUACAGCGGCAGCGGGGGCUACAGCUCCCGCAGCGGAGGCCCGCCCCCUGGAGGUCAGAGCAGCCAGCCGCAGGGUCAGUUUGCCCAGCCUCCUUCUGCUCCUCCAUCAGCGGGGGGGCCAAUUCCUCUGAUGGCUCGGCCCUUCGCUCCUCUACAGCCACCGCUCAAGGGCAUCAUGGGGCAGCCUCCUUACCCUUUUGCUGCUCCACCCGCUCCUCCUUCAGGCCCUCCACCUCCCCGAAAGUAGAAUUAUGAAGAAGAGGCGCAGAGUUCAUUGCGGCCACUCAGUGUGUUAUUUCAUUUUUUUGUCUUCUACCAAAGGUGGGGGUUUGAAAAGGCAGUAUAUGUAAGGAUUUAAGGGCUAACAUGUUUGUUUGUUCCAUAUUUUGAACCCACCUUAAACUAGAACCUUUAUCCUUCAAUUUAUUAGACAUGAUUUCUCAUUUUCCACAGUCUCAUUGAGUUGCUCUCGACCAUGUGACCUGGAGGAGCAAUGUUGUUCUUUUCAUUUGAUCAAACAUUGCAGAAGUUGAUAGCUGCUGUAAAGUGUUUGGUUAGAACAAACAUCUAGCACACAUUACGUGGUGCAUGGUUGAACGUGCUGAUAUAUGGGAAUUUCUUUCAUUUUGUAUAAACCGUCCCAUUCCAGCGUCAAGUGUUCUAGCUUCAUCACGUUCUACAUGUUAGACUUGUUUUGUUCUUCUAUCAUUUCAUUGAGUUUAUGUUUGUGUUAUUCUGAACGCUGAAGCCGUUAAAUCUUCUUUUGAUACCAUGAAACCACUAUUUGACUUAUUCCUAUCCUCUAGCAAAAUUCCUAUCCUCAAUUUCAAACUUAUGCUUCCGUUAACUUGUAACUUUUUAACUCUUAUUUCUUAAAUAAGCAUCAUAGCUAAGGCUGAAUUAUAUUCAAGACUGUUGACUUGGUUUCUUGCUUGUUUUUUUAUUAAUUCUGUUCUUAAUUUCUUAAUAAAUAACAGAAUCAAA